AUGAGCAACGCCAGCGAAACAUGUGAGCCAUUACAGGACCCAGAGGUCCCUGCUAAUGGCCAGCAUGCUCAAAACGAUGACCAAGCUUCUGUUACCCCAGCCGAGGCGGUUGAAGAUUCUUGUGAAGUUGCAAAAGGGGCACAGGGAGGACCAUCUCCUGGCAUUGUUGACGACAGUAACAAUUCUGUUGCGUCAAACCAUAUCCCCUCUGCUUCUGCUUCUUCUUCCCCUUUGGAAAUUAUCUCCCCCCGCCCUUCCCCUCAUGCUCCUAGCAGUACCGUCAUGCCAGCCACAGUGGAUGAGUGUUUCGACGAGGACGACCCCGGGGCUCAGCUCGAUGCCGCCGAUACGCCGCCAUCAUCUUUCUGUGUCACUACACCACCUAUCAACGAGACUCCGCUUAGCCCGAGUGCGUUGGACAAGGAUGUAGAGUCUGAUAAGCCAGAGAUGAAUACGCAGGAAGACCAGGACGAGCAACCUCCAUGCCAGGUCGGCUCUCCAGAUAUAUCUGCUCCUCAAAGCACCAACCACAUACCGUCUCAGCGUCGUCCGAGUGUGAUGGAUUAUCUCAUUUCGCCAGACUCGACAAAAAACUCUACAUCUACGUCUGAGGCAAGUGGUCCCUCAUCCCACAGAAUUGCAAACGGGUAUACCUGGUCGGAUCACGGCCAGGCAGGUCAUCAGCCCAGGCCGAACGGCCACCCGUUUGUAUCUAGCAGCCAUCAGGGCGACGACAGAAAGUCACAGCUCAGCUGGAAUGGACAGCAGUCAUCAUUUAGGCUUGCUGAUAACCCGUUAAGCAUUCACAGCGAUUACGGAUCCGAAGUGCCUUACAGGGGAGGCUAUGCCCAGCCCUACGACCGUGGCGGUUCGUCGGCUCCCCGGUCAAAUGCUAGUGUUGCUCAAAGUGAUGUCCACCCAGACCAGCAUACAGGAACUUUCUAUCCAGAGUUUGCCAACCACUUGGAAACGAUGGCACCCAGCGGGUACCACCUCUUGGCGGCAAAGUUGUCCGGUGGCGCUGGCGGCCAGCCUCUCGUACCAAUUUACCGUCGUUUUGACGCUCUCAAUCACCGUCUGCUCUUGUACAUGCAAGACGAGAUUGCAGAACUGGAGCGCCAACUUAUUGCGUUGGAAGCACAGGACACGGCGAAAAGAAGCUAUCUCGGUGGUGUGAUACCAGCAUCGCGUCGACAGGAUCGUUGGAUCAGCAACAACUUGACAGACCAAAAGACCGAGGUCCUCGGACAUAUUGGCUACAAGCUGAGUCAGUAUAAUCAAGUUUUGGCGUCGUUUCGCAAGGUCCAAGACAUUCCGGUGCCAACGUGGCGCGAUAUUCACCUGUACAAGACGUACUUGACUACAAGCAACUUGAUCGUAGACGACGAGACGCGGUUUCUUGAUGCGGAAAAUGACUUGGUAUCCCUCUCUGGGCCGAUGCAGUCCGCAGACGACUUGAAUACAGUCGAUGACGGGCCGACACCCAUGCCCAAGGCAACCGAAGAACAACAGCAGUUCCCACCGUUUUUCAAGGACAAUGGCAUCUCGUCGACGCGGGCAGAGCAGGCUACACCCCAGCGGCAGGGUGACACUGUACUUGUAAGGCUCGCUCUGUCGUGCAUGUGUGUAGUCUUUGUGCCUGUCAUUACCUUCGCCGUCGUUCCCAACUUUAUAGCUCGCAUGGCCAUUGUAGUGUUUGUUGCACUGAGCGUGGGUGUCAUGAUUGAGCAGUCUGGGCUGUUGGCCGAAACGGGGCGACACAAACUGGCCUGGAUUUUGUAUUCAGGCCUAUACUGUGGUGCCAUGGCAGUAGUUGCGGGAACAGUCCAAUAA